AUGGGUGACGGCAAUCAGCAUUAUUUCCGUAUGCAACGUACUGCGAUGAAAUUGGUCAAGAAAACAAAUAUCACGAAAGUUGUCUUGUCCUCUAUCCUGCAGCAGUGCAAGCCAACACCAACACUGACCGACAUGCAAACUGUGGAGGAAAUCCCGUGUUGUGCAAAAUGGAUGCAAAAUGGAUUUUGCAACAGCACGUUCUAUUCCAAAGCAUACAAAAUGCAGUACUGUGGACGUCCAUGUGGGAUGUGCUAA